AUGAAAGAGACCUUCGCCAAGAGUAACAUGCAUAUAGUUGGUGGUAUUGUGCCAGGAGAUCGAGCGGCGUUUUACUUCAAGAAUCCCAAUAUCCCGAGGAGAGUCGGCGGGCGAGGCAUAUCAUGUACAUGUUCGCUCUACUGGGUAAAAUUUGCAGCCGAUUAUGACUGUCACUGGAACGCCAAGGUAAUGAGACAAAUAACAGACGAGGCCCACUCGCACAGUAAAAAGCUGGCCAUAGCGUCUGAGACAAGAUCUACAGAUCCUGCAUCUUGGCUUCCCUCCAACAGGGCCUCAGAAUCCUCGAAAAGUGAAGCCAAGAUUACGGAGCGUCUUUGUCUGUUGGCGAGGAAGGCGCUGCGACUGGGGAGGAAGGAAGACAAGAGAGUGAAGGCCAGCGUUACGGACGUUGCUGAAGUUGCCCCACGGUCCAAGUCCUUCCCUAAAGCCGAUUGUGUCGUCACUUGGAAAGAUUUCUGCUUUCCUUUUGACUCCUUCAGCUUUUCUGUUCAUCGAUAUGUCUUUGAGCUUUUUAACAUAUAUGCAUAUGCUGUGUACACAGACUGUGGAUCCUGUGGGAUUGUCGCUCUUACGACGUCGUCGGCCCUGCUGCCCCACGACGCCGCGGAGCAGCAGAGGGGGUUGAGCAAGAUCCUUCAGCGCAGUGACCGCGGCCAGCUCGUCCGCGCCACGGCCCUCGACGCCCUUCGGGAGGCGCAAGAGGCCGGCGAGAGGCGCGCGGGCGGCAUCGCCUCCACGUUCGUGCGGGACGGAGAGGAAGGAGAAAAGGAUGGCUGGCCCAUCUUUUACAAAGGAAAUAAAGAGAAGAGAAAGGAUAGGCAGGCGUCUACUGGAAACAACAAAAAUAAGAAGCAAGGUACGAAGAAGAAGAAGAAGAAGAAGAAGAAAAGGAACAAGAAAAAGAUGAUGUCGAUGAAGAAGGAAAUUGAGGCCAAAUUGCUGCCGACGACAUCUCUGAGGAAAAUUUACUGGGAACCGGAGCCCCUGAGAAGGACCUGGGAGGCGGAGGAGUCGGUGGAUCCUGUCAGGGUAUCCUGCAGGGACGACGAGUGGGCGUGUGUCGACGGGUCGAUGUGUGUCCCGAAAAAUGUGACCUGUUCCGGUGUGGCCGAGUGCCAGGACAACUCCGACGAGGCGGUGGCGCUGUGUGGGUGUCUGCCGAACGAGUACAACUGCGGCGACCAGUGCAUCGACGCCCUCAGCAGGUGCGACACCGUGCAGGACUGCGACAACGGGCGCGACGAACACAACUGCGAGACGUACGUGUGUCCGAGCACCCACACCAAGUGCGCCAACUCCCUGUGCAUCCCGCUGGACGCCGUCUGCAACCUGGAGGACGACUGCGGCGACGGGUCCGACGAGCAGGAGUGCCGUAAGUAAUGAGCGGAC